AUGGAUUGCAAAGAGAACCCAUGCUGGAAAAAGGCAGAUUUAGAUGACCCAAGUAAAGAUUUGAUUGAGGGAGUCAAUGAAGAAGCCAUGGAAGGCCAUGAAGAAGAAGAAUGGUGUUUUAUUCUCUUUCCCAUUUCAAAUACUAUGCUGCAGGUAGAGGUAAUUGAACCUGCUGUAAAGGGUACACUCAAUGUGCUGAAAGCAUCUGUUGAGGCAAAAAUUAAGAGAUUUGUUUUUGUGUCUUCUGGAGCUGCUGUUGGCUUGAACCCCAGUUGGCCGAAGGAUCGAGUGAUGGAUGAGACUUGUUGGUCUGAUAAGGAAUAUUGCAGAACAACUAAGAACUGGUAUUGUCUUUCCAAAACGGAAGCUGAAAGUGAGGCUCUGGAGUUUGGAAAAAGAACUGGGCUUGAUGUUGUGAGCGUUUGUCCCACCCUUAUUCUCGGGCCACUUUUGCAAUCCACAUUGAACUCAAGUAGCCUAGUACUUGUUAAACUUUUGAAAGAAGGUUACGAGACAGUGGAAAACAAGCUGCGGAUGAUAGUUGAUGUGCGGGAUGUUGCUGAAGCCUUGCUUUUGGCAUAUGAAAAGCCUGAGGUAGAAGGGAGAUAUAUAUGCACAGCAUACAUUAUCAGAGCUCAGGAAUUUGUUGAUAAAGUGAAGAGCAUAUAUCCUAACUACAAAUAUCCUCAAAACUUCACCGAGCCAGGGGAGGAAAGAGUGCUAACUUCAGAAAAGUUGCAGAAGCUGGGUUGGAGUUACCGGCCAUUGGAGGAGACUUUCGUUGAUUCCGUUGAGAGCUACCAGAAAGCUGGGAUCUUAAAUUAAGAAAGUUGACAUUUUAAUAUAUGCGUCCACUUCUAUCUACGUAG